AUGGUGAUACAAAGUCUUCUUAUUUUCUUCCUAGCGGCCAUUGCGCCUGUCUCUGCCGAGAGCGGCAUUGAUGCGUGGUUGCGAUACGCUCGGCUUCCAGGAUCUGUAACCAGAGGACAUCUCAAUUCUUUUCCAAACCGCAUUGUCGUCCUCAAUGCCUCUAAAAACGGACCAUUAGCAAGUGCUUCGUCAGAGCUGCACAAGGGCAUCCAAGGCAUCCUGGGGCUCGAUCUGGACGUUAGCUCCAGUGGAAAGAGUUGCUCUGCUCAGAAUACUAUUGUCGUUUCCACUCUAGAGACGUACCAAUCGUCUUGUGGCAAACUCUCACCGAAAUUGAAUCUAAAGGAAGAUGGAUAUUGGUUAAGCGCCAAGGGCAAAUCAGUACAAAUCAUCGGCCAGAAUGAACGUGGUGCGCUUUACGGUGCUUUUCAGUAUCUAUCUCUACUCGCACAGGGGGACUUUUCCGAGGUGGCAUACGCUUCCAACCCAAGCGCGCCAGUUAGAUGGGCAAACCAGUGGGACAAUCUCAAUGCAGCAACCGCAGCACAUGGCAGCAUCGAAAGAGGCUACGGUGGAGCUUCGAUCUUCUUCAACAAUGGAUUGAUCAAAGACGAUCUUUCACGGGUUCCGCUAUAUGGCCGCUUGUUGGCUUCUGUCGGGAUAAACGGAAUCAUUAUCAACAACGUUAAUGCCGAUGCCAAUCUCCUUAAUGAGACCAACCUCGCAGGUGUUAAGAGAAUCGCAGACUUGUUCCGACCAUGGGGCGUCAAAGUUGGGAUUUCGCUCAACUUUGCCUCACCACAAGUUCUAGGCGCCUUGACCACAUUUGAUCCAUUGGACAGCACUGUCAUUAAAUGGUGGACCGACAAAACUAAUAGAAUUUACCAGCUUGUGCCUGAUUUUGCGGGAUACCUGGUCAAAGCCAAUUCAGAGGGCCAGCCUGGGCCCUUGACGUAUAAUCGAACAUUGGCGGAGGGUGCCAAUCUGUUUGCAAAGGCCAUUGAGCCUCACGGUGGCAUCGUCGUCUUCCGUGCGUUUGUCUAUGACCAAUUAAACGAAACUAAUUGGAGGGCGGAUCGAGCCAAUGCUGCGGUUCAGUUCUUCAAAGACCUAGACGGACAGUUUGACAGCAACGUCCUAGUCCAGAUCAAGUUUGGGCCCAUCGACUUUCAAGUUCGAGAACCUGCCUCUCCUCUCUUUGCCAACCUACCCAAGACCGCUGUUUCAAUCGAAUUACAAGUUACCCAGGAAUAUCUUGGUCAGCAAUGCCAUCUAGUCUAUCUGCCGCCUUUGUGGCAGACUAUAUUAGGCUUUGAUAUGCGAUACAACCACCGGCAGUCUUAUGUUCGCGACAUUGUUUCGGGAGAGGUUUUCAAUCAUAAGCUCGGUGGUUAUGCUGGUGUUAUCAAUGUCGGUAUGGACGAUACGUGGAUUGGUAGUCACUUGGCCAUGUCCAACAUGUUUGCUUUCGGUCGGCUUGCCUGGAAUCCUCAAGCGGAUUCUCAGGACAUCAUUGAGGAAUGGACUCGUCUGACUUUUGGCCUAAGUCGAGACGUGAUCUCGGCCAUUGUCGACAUGUCCAUGAAAUCAUGGCCGGCAUACGAGGGCUACAGCGGGAACCUCGGCAUCCAGACUCUUACCGAUAUCCUGUACACCCAUUAUGGUGCUAAUCCCGCCUCUCAGGAUAACAACGGUUGGGGACAGUGGACACGUGCUGAUAGCAAGACUAUUGGGAUGGACCGUACUGUUUCAAACGGCACAGGAAAUGCAGGGCAAUACCCUAAAGAUGUUGCUGACAAGUUUGAACAUACGCAAACCACACCAGACGACCUGAUGCUAUGGUUCCACCACGUACCAUACACCUUCAAGCUACACUCUGGAAAGACCGUUAUUCAACAUUUCUACGACGCUCAUUAUUCUGGUGCUGCAACAGUACAGAAGUUCCCAGCAACGUGGAAAUCGCUCAAGGGACAGGUAGAUGCCGAGCGAUAUGUCGAUGUCUUGUAUAGGUUGCAAUAUCAAGCAGGCCACUCACUCGUCUGGCGCGACGGUAUCAGUGAAUUCUAUCGCAACCUAUCGAGUAUUCCGGACAAACUCAACCGCGUUCGAAACCACCCACACCGUAUUGAAGCCGAGGAGAUGGAACUCUCGGGAUUUACAACAGUCAAUGUUUCUCCAACGGAAUGCGCAUCCAAGUACAAAGCGAUUGCUACAAAUGGGACUGGCACGGCCACUACGAAAUUGAACGUCCCAAGCGGCAAGUACACUGUAGCUAUCAACUAUUAUGACGUGAUGGGAGGGAGUGCCAGUUACGACGUGCUACUCAAUGGCAAGUCUAUUGGAACCUGGAAGGGCGACUCCGAGAACUACCUUGGUCAUGAUUUUAGCACGUUCCUGGACUGCCACUCAGCAAUUCGUAUCACAUUUGAGGAUGUCAAGAUCUCGAGGGGGGACAAGCUGACUAUCAAGGGAACCGGAGAUGCUCAGGAGCAGGCGGCGAUAGACUAUGUCGCCGUUCUGCCUCAGGGAGUGGUGGACUAG